UCAAAUUUUUUUGAAGCGAAAUUCCCCAAACCCUCCUCCCCUCUUCGCCGCCCCCGCCUCCGCCAUGGGAGGAGAGAUGGAGAAGUCUAUCUCGGCCCUGUGCGGCUCCCUCUCGGCGGUGCUCGACCACGCCGACUCCUCCUCCCGUGCCCUCGUCGACGCCGUCUCCCGCCGCCCCAUCCACCUCGAGUCGGCGACGAGCGCGUUCCUGCAGAAGCUGGACCGGCUGGCGGAGGCGGCGGGCGCCGACCUGCAGCGCCUCGAGUCCAUGGCCUUCGGCGCCGUCUCCUUCGAGGAGCUCCUCGGCCACUGCGGCGAGGCGCUUAACGUCUACGCGCGCCACGCCGACGCCAUCCAGACCCGCCUCGCCUCCUUCGGCUACGAGCCCCCCGAGGUGGAGCCUGAGGCCGAUGUGGAGGUUGAAGAUGGAGACGUCAGGGAGAUUGCGUGGCCUGGGAAUAGCUGCUUGGGUGGGUCGAGUUCAGUGCUCACCUCCAGUAGGGGGCGGUUCCAAGACGACGAUACACUAUUUGAGGAGUCCAUGUCACUGAAGAAUCUUGGGCUUUCGGAUGCUUGUCUAGCUACUCUUUCCUCUGAAGCCACAGAUUUCGCUGGAAGCCCAAAGAAGCUCUACAAGAAACCUGAAAGUGCUGAUGACGGCCAAAAUAUUGCCAAGGAAACUGAGUUCAUACCUCCCCAAAAAGAAACAAAUGGUCAAGGUAAUGCUUUCCAAGUACCGAUAAGGGCAUCAAAGGAGGAGUAUGAGCAACUUCCUCCUUACAUGAAGACUCUAGCAUCAUGGGAGGAAUUGCAGGAGGCAGUGUCCAAACUAAAUUCAUACUUCGGUGGUGACAAAGCUCAGGGAAGCGUUGCAUUGAAUCAAGAUGAUGUCGGAGCAAUUGGGUUGGGUAUGUGCACUUACUGUUAUAGCAUGCUAAACAAAAUCUUUUUGCCUGGUUACUGUGCCUCCUACAAGACCACACUUGGUAAUACCCACUCCGGUAGUAUAAAACAUGUUCGAAGCUUUGAACACAUUACACACUUUAUACAAGCCUAUUUGGAGAGAUGGGAUUAUAACCCAAAUCCUUAGAACUUAGUACAAAUUUCAACUAAAUGCUAAAAUUUUCUAGGGCAAUCCCCCUCUUCCAAUCGUCUUCCUUAAUAGUCCCAUCUAUAAUCUAUGUAGUAUUUACAUUCUGCCUACAAAGGCACAGGCGUAUAGCUGCACAUUACAAUUUACACACGCACAGUUUAAAAAUUGACACUUGAAUUGAAUUCUUCAAAUCCAUGCCUACUAUGCAGUGGCAGGGCCUCCGCAGUAGGGUCGUGGUUCUGUGAAAUGGAUUCUGGAACAUAUAAUAGCUCAAGGAUGGGCUGAAACAAUGUCUCCCCUCCAUGCCUCCUUAAGCCACAAACCCUGAAGAUGAUGAAGACCCGUAAAUCUCGUUCGCCUGUGCCACCGGGACAUACACGACAUCCGUCAAUGAGCUGUGGGUGCGGCCAUAGAAAAUGUAUACGAGCACCCCUAUCACAAGCCACACCCCGACUCGCAUCCAUGUCCCACCACUGAAGAACACAAGGGAGAAUCGACAAGGUUCAGACAUGUGUUCAUGUUUCAGCUCUGAACAUGCUAUCGAAAAGUAGGGUAUAGAUCAUCAGAUCAGUGGAUUAGGUACUCACCCCAGAUUUAUCAGCAAGUAUGUGUUUAUGAGGAUACACAUCACUGGCAGCAAUGGAACACAUGGGCAGAUGAAUCCUGCGGGUAGAAGCAGCAGCAACAUGUGUAAUGCCAAGUAAAUUCACCAAUAGGAUCUAGUAUCGGGAGUCACAGAAGCGUGCCAUAAUGUGAGUACCUCCAGAA